AUGCUUCGUUCACUGUUGCCCUUUGUAUCCGCCUCAGCCUUGCUCGCUUCUUCGGUCGUCUCCGCCAUUCCCGUCGACACACAACACAAUGCUCGGUCCACCUCUGCUCAGUGGGACGACUGGACGUGCACGUCGGAAAACAUCCGGACUCGCGUCGACUUCAACAACAUGGCUCCGGCCGACCGGAAAGCGUACACUGACGCCGUCAAGUGCCUGAUGGCUCAACCUUCCCAACUCGACCAGACACUCUACCCGGCCGCGACCAACCGAUACAUGGACUACGCCGUGAUCCACGUCAACCGCACCCAACACGUGCACCUCGACGCCUUCUUCCUGACCUGGCACCGGUACUUCCUGUGGCUCUACGAGUCCGACCUCCAACAGACGUGCGGCUACGAGGGGGCUUUCCCUUACUGGGACUUCGCCGAGACGGCCGACGACCCUCACAGCUACCCGAUCUUCGACGGCUCCGAGUACAGCAUGUCCGGCGACGGCCUCUACAACAACACCGGGCCGAUCGUGUUGGGAGCCGAACUCACCAUCCCCCACGGCACGGGGGGAGGGUGCGUGACGACCGGCCCUUUCGCAGACAUGAUCGCCCCGAUCAAGUUCAUCGACCCGACGGCGCUCACGACGGGGACGCUCCCCGACGACGCCUUCGCCUACACCCCCGUGUGCCUGAUGAGGGACCUCAACGCCUACGUCUCCCAGACGUACACCAACUCGGCCCAACUCCUGGCCGCCGCCCACGCCGCCAACGCCAGCGACUUCGAGUACCUCCUCAACGGGGUCAUCGGGAGCUCCAGCCUGGGCAUCCACUCGGGGGCUCACUUCAGCGUCGGGGGCCAGAUGAACUCGAUCCACGUCUCGGCCCAGGACCCCAUCUGGUACCCCCUGCACACCAUGAUCGACAAGGUCUACACGAGUUGGCAGAUCAACUACCCGGACCUCGCCGACACCCUGGACGGGAGCACGGGGACCGCCCUCAACACCCCUCCCAGCGACGUCGUCACCCUCGACUCCAUCGAACCCGACUGGGGUUAUUUCCAACUCGGUCAGAUCCAAGUGCGUGACCUGUUGAGCACCACCUCGGGUCCGUUUUGUUAUCAAUAUGAUACCGUCAUUUCUUGAAUAAAAGGGAAUCGUUGAAGAAUUCCG